CUUAUUUUUUUUAUAUUUUCUUUUAAAUUAUUAGGGCUCAAAAAUGAUAAGCAACCAAAUGUGGAGUGGCAAAAAAUACGUACGAAGCAUGAUACAGAAGAACUUCAAAUUCACGGCUUUGAGAAAAGUUACUUCAACAUAACCUUGACAUAUCUAUCAUAUAUUUUAACGUUAGGAUGGGUGCGAUUACUUUUUCACUGGUACCCGCAUUUUCACUUGUACGCAACUCACAAAAAGUGUCCGUUGAAUCGUGCUACCAAGCUUUUGAUAAUCGAUGACUAUCAGGGAAAAUACAAGUCUUACUUCGUGAAAGAUGUAAAAAUAAUAGGAACAAAAAAUCUUCGAUCAAGCAGACACUUGAAGCUACUAGGCGAGAUCGACGGAAAUUUACUGAGCAGUAUUGAAGGUAAAAGUCUGGGGAUUAACCUAGACAACGGCACUAAGCGGGAAGUCCCAGAAUACCGGGCUUUCUGGUUUAAGAAGCAGUGCUACAUUUGGGACGAGGCCCGGGACGAGUUUGCUGGGUUGAUCGGCUUGGACAAGUAUGUCUCCUGUCCGGAGCUCCAUCUGGGGCACAAUAAAGGUCUUUCGCACGAGGAACAACUCUUGAGGCGGAUCGUCUACGGGAACAAUGAAAUUAUAGUACCGGUCCAAAGCAUCCUUGUGCUGUUUUUGUUGGAGUUCUUAAAUCCGUUCUACAUUUUCCAAGUUUUUACGAUAUGUGUUUGGCUGGCAGAUGCUUAUUAUUAUUACACCGGUGCUAUUGUUCUUAUGUCGGCAUUCAGUAUUACCAGUACUAUUAUUCAAACUCGGCGGAACCAAAAGAACCUGCGUAGUACAGUGGCAUCUAUGGAUACAGUUCGCGUAAGAAGGAACAAUGGUGACUUUGAAACCGUAUCUAGUUCCGAAUUAGUUCCUGGAGAUGUUAUAGAACUGCCAAGGCACCAAGGAAUUGUGGUUUGCGAUGCCGUUCUACUUACCGGGCACUGUAUAGUAAACGAAUCGAUGCUUACAGGAGAGUCGGUUCCUGUAACUAAAACACCUUUAACACCCCGACCGGUGCUUUACGACGCUAGAGAAUGUUCUCAACACACACUGUACAGUGGAACAAUGAUAAUACAAACUAGAUAUUAUGGUGAAGGUCCAGUAUUAGCACGAGUAAUAAGAACGGGCUUACAAACAAACCGUGGCGCUUUAGUAGCAGCCAUUUUGUAUCCACCGCCAGCUGACUUUAAAUUUGACCAAGAUUCUUACAAAUUUAUUGGGAUACUUGCACUUAUUGCACUUAUGGGAUUAGUUUACACUGUUAUUACCAAGGUAUCCCGUGGAAUAACUGUUAGUGAAAUUAUAAUUGAUGCAUUGGAUAUAAUAACAAUAGUAAUUUCUCCAGCAUUACCAGCAGCAAUGACAGUUGGAAAAUUAUAUGCUCAAACUCGGUUAAAAAAAGCACAAAUUUACUGCAUUAACAGCCGUGUUAUCAAUGUUUCUGGCAGUAUUAACUGCAUUUGUUUUGAUAAGACUGGAACACUAACAGAAGAUGGUCUUGAUAUGUGGGGUGCAGUUCCAAGUAACAAUGGAACGUUGUUAAAUCCGGAAAAAGACAUCAGAAAACUUAGCGAGCAUCCAAUUUUUCAAGGAAUGUUAGUCAGCCAUAGUUUAACGCUCAUUGACAAUGAACUCUGUGGAGAUCCGUUGGAUGUAAAGAUGUUCGAAAGCACUGGCUGGGUAUUAGAAGAGCCCGAAAUAUCAGACACUAGCAAAUACGACCUCUUGGUGCCAACCGUCGUAAAACCAUCAGCAGAAAACUUGAACACUAUCUCUGAAAUUGGAAUUGUGCAGCAGUACCAAUUUUCCAGCUCGCUUCAAAGAAUGUCUGUGAUUUCCCGUGUUCUGGGUUGCGACCACUUCGAAUCUUACACCAAAGGCUCCCCAGAAGUGAUCCUGAGUCUCAGUAGACCGGAGACUAUUCCUCAGAAUAUAAUGACAGUAAUGCAAGAAUACACUGAACAAGGUUACCGGGUGAUAGCCAUCGGCAGGAACAAGAUAACCCGGAGCUACACGAAGAUCCACAAGAUGCCGCGAGAGCAAGUUGAAAAAGACUUGGAGUUCCUGGGGUUGGUAGUCCUGGAGAACAGGCUGAAGGAACCGACUGUUAAAGUCAUCGAAGAGUUAAGGGAGGCCAAUAUCAAUGUGCUGAUGAUUACUGGGGACAAUAUUCAGACUGCUGUUAGUGUCGCGAGAGAGUGCAAGAUUUUGGGCAGGGAUGAGACGGUCAUCGGAGUCACGAUUGUUCCCUCGCCUAAUGAUGAAAAGGAGCGACCUAGGAUUUAUUACAACAUCCAGGGGAAACCGGUUAAGAGUAUCGGUAAUAAAAUAUCACUGGAUAUCAUCGAACGCGGGAUAGAUGUUAUUAAUUAUCGGUUUGCGUUGACUGGACAAACAUGGCAGCUUCUAAGAGAACAUUAUCCGGAACUGGUUCCUAAGAUUUGCGUUCGUGGCGCUGUAUUCGCUCGGAUGACUAGUGAUCAGAAGCAGCAGUUGGUUGUUGAACUUAUGCAAUUGGGGUACUAUGUUGCAAUGUGUGGUGAUGGUGCCAACGACUGUGGCGCUCUCCGUGCAGCUCAUGCGGGAAUUUCUUUAUCUGAAGCCGAAUCUAGCGUGGCAAGUCCAUUCACUUCCCGAAUCCCCGACAUAACCUGCGUGCCAAAAGUGAUCCGUCAAGGCCGAGCAGCACUAGUGACAUCUUUCGGAAUCUUCAAAUUCAUGGUGACCUACUCCCUAACAGAGUUCAUAUCAGCAUUUGUCUUGUACUCAAUCGACUCAAACCUCUCAGAUUUCGAAUUCUUAUUCAUCGACGUGGUCCUGAUCGUAAACUUCGCGUUCUUCUUCGGAAGGACCCACGCCUACGAGGGCAAGCUUGCGAAGAAGCCACCGAUGACAUCUUUACUGAGCUUCACGCCUCUGUUCUCCCUGACGCUCCACAUGAUCACCAUGCUGCUGUUCCAGGUGGGAGUCUUCUUCUGGGUGAAGCAGUUCGACUGGUACAAGCCCCCGGCUUUCAAGAACCUCCACGACUUCUACUCCUACGAGAACUACUCGGUCUUCUCGAUGUCCAUGUUCCAGUACAUAACAGUGGCGUUGAUAUUCUCCCACGGAAAGCCGUACCGACGCGCCGUCUACACGAACAACCUCUUCAUCGCCUCCAUUGUGAUCUCCACCAUGGUCUGCGUCUAUAUCGCCUUUUUUCCGGCUUACUGGACGAUCAGACUUCUGGAGCUGAAGAUGCCGCCGACUCUGGAGUGGCCUUGCAUUAUACUCAUCCUCUCCGUUAUCAACUUCCUGAUCUGCUUCUUCAUCGAGGCGGUGAUCAUUGAACUCCUCAUUGAACGCUUCGUCAAGCCGAGGGUCUAUAAGCCCGAAAAGUCCAAGAAAGUUUACUUGAACAUCCAGUGCGAGCUUAAUAACAACCCAGAAUGGCCGACUGUUAAUUCUGAGCUCCCUGUUAUGCCUCUCACGCCCUCUGAUGAUAAGGUCAAGGUCACGGAACAAACCGCUGAGCCCUCUUCCGGUGGCGUCGAUAACUCGGCGUUUGAAAAUGAAGACACUAGUGAAACUACGAAAUUUUGA